AUGAAGUACGGCGAACAGCUGGAAAACGAGUCUGUCCCAGAAUGGGGUCUCCAUAACCUCGACUACAACUCUCUCAAGCAUGAGAUCAAGGUCCACACCACGAGACACCAGGCUACCGCCAUGGCCAUCCCCGGAAACGAGGACACGGCUCUGCGCAAGUUUGAAGACGGCCUCUUCCUAGAACUCUGCCGCCAGCAUGAGCGUGUUCACCUCUUUGUCACCAGCAAGGCUGACGAAAUCUCCCGUCGGCUGGACGCCCUCUCCCGCUCCGUUGAUCGCUGGAUCACAAAAUUCAACACCACCCCCGACCAAUCCGUCAGCGAUGUCCUCCGUCGCCAGAGGCGCUUUGCCAAGCACGAGCGCGAGCUGUACCGUGUAGGAGACGAUGCCCACGCCCUCGUCCGCUUCGCCAAUGCUCAGGUCGUGGCCUUUCGCAAGAUCAUCAAGAAGUACAAGAAAUGGACCGGUUCCACCACUCUCGGUACCCGCUUCACCGAUGACAUCCUCAGCGACCCCAAGAGCUUCAACCGCAACGACUACACCCACCUCGAGCGCCGCGGACAGGAGCUCCUCGACCGCCUGCGCGACGCAAACCCCCACCUCCUCAGCGACGACGCCAGCUCCUCCUCGCUCGCCAGCCGCCCGGGCGACAGCAAUGGCCGCGCCCACCUCAAACCCCACGACCCGGCCACCUCCCCUCGCCAGACCAUGUCGCGCCUCCCGGCCGGCACCCCGCAGAUGCAGACCCCGCAGGUCAGGUACUGGAACGAGUACGACAACGGCAGCGAUGCCGGCGACGGCGACUUCCGCCGCGGCGGCGGCUGUGGCCGUGGCGUCGGUGGGAGCGGCCGGGACGACGACAGCAGCGACGGCUACCACAUCUACGUCGACCCCAACGCCGACGACGCCAUCCUCCCCGGCCUAGCAUACAUCCGGGCGGCCCUGGCCCCCCCGGUGCAGUCGGUACGUCACUGGCUCUCCCGCCUCGGCGGCGGCCACCGCGGUCACGGCGACGGCGACCUUGGCCCGGAGCGCCGACCCCUCCUCGCCGGCCGCGACGGGCGCGACCGCGUCAACCCGGCGUCCACCGUGCUCGAUUCGGAGGAGGACGGCUACUCGAGCUCGGACCUGGUGUUCCCCGCCCGCUCAGCCGUCGCGGCCGGCUACUCGGCCCACUACGCCCUCCCCAGCAUCUCGGACCAGCGCGUCGCGCGCUACAGGGAGCGCGUCCUCGUCCUCACCGCGGCCGGCUGCUACGCCACGUCCUUCGUCCUCCUGGCCAUCUCGGCCGUCCUCAUCUCCACUGCCCGCCACAAGAUGCGCGUAGAGGUCGACGCCGUCGUCACCAUCGCCGUCGCCAUCAGCCUCCUCUGCGCCGCCUCCGCCCUGGGCGCCACCCUACACAGGCAGGAUGUCUUGCCAGUCUCUCACAGGCUGAUGAAUGCCUCUGCUUUCUCUGCCGCCUGUCUUCUCAAUGCCAUGUUGCUCAUUCUCGUCGUGGGGAAUACUCCCUAG